CAAAUGCACCGUCUCUCAGGGAGACAUUAGCGAGAAGUUCAGGCUCGUUCCAGGUGCACAAAGAGAUAUGACUAAGGGUGAUACUGUCACACUGGUGCUGCUGGGCAGGAGAGGCUCAGGGAAGAGCUGCUGUGGAAACACCAUACUGGGCAGAAAAGGGUUCCAGUCCGUCCUCAGCACCAAACCAGUGACCACAGAGUGUGAAAAAUGGACUGAGUCUAUUCAGGGGAGACAGGUCACUGUCAUCGACACACCAGAUUUCUUUGAUGACUCUCUCCCUGAUCUUAAGCCCCACAUUGACACCUGUAGGUCCUUGGUAUCAGAAGGUCCUUGUGUUUAUCUUCUGGUGUUACAGUUUGGUCGCUUCACAGAGGGAGAGAAGAAGUUAGUGGAGCAGACUGAACGCGUGUUUGGCCGAGACGUCACACGGCGCAUGAUAAUUCUGUUCAGUUAUGGUGAUGAUCUGGAGGGCAUCACCAUUCAGGACUUCCUGAUGAAUGCUCAGACAGAUCUCAAAGUUCUAGUGGAGAAAUGUGGGAACAGGUGCCAUGUCUUCAACAACAGGGACACCAGCAAUCACAGGCAGGUGACAGAGCUUCUGAACAUGGUGGAUGGUAUGCUGGACAGAGGUGAAGGGGACACACAGCUGACUGAUUCUGUGAAUGGUGUAGAAAGGAAGGAUAGAAAAGAACUUGCAACUGAAUGUGCUAUGAGAGAUGGAAGGAAGAUGCAGGCACAAGGCAGCCCAGUGACAAGAGGCAAAGACAGCAAUGCUCAGAGAGAUGGAAGAAAUGACAAAGAAAGGACACCUAUGUGUAAAUGUGUUUUGCUUUAAUACUAACAAACAAUAGUGAAAUUGGUUAAAUUAGAUUCAGCACCGGUUAUCAUCGGUUUACAUGAGCCUUACUGUAUGUCACCUAUAUAUUACAUAUGUACACAUAGCACAGUGUCUUGCAGGUUACAUGCCAUGUGUUAAGCUUUGAUACAGCAGCUAAAGAUGCCAAAAGAAUGAUCAAAAACAAAAUGUAAAUGCCCAGUUACACUAACUGUCAUGUCCUUUAAAAACUGGCUAUUAUUAAUAUUACUGCACUAAGAUGAAACUGAGUCACCAAAAAUUAAAAAGCUUAAGACAGUGGAAUCAGUGACAAGUCAAGCUCUGUCUCUAAAUUCACUUGCUUAUCUUACUCCAGUCAUUGUGAAUCAUGCAAAUGAGCUUAAUAGGACCAGUAUCAUUAUAAUUUUUUUUAAUUUUUUUACUUGAAAUAAAAUGGGACUGUGUUAAAAAAAAACACACACACAAAAGCUUGGUCUGUUUAUAUUAAAUGUCUUUUCUUUUCAAUUAUAGUUACCAAAACAUAGAACAAUAUUAAAUA